AACGAGUGAGUAUAGUUUAAGCAAUUAUUUGAGAGACGUCGCUACUGUGCAGCAGUUAACGCCAGCUGAACAUCAAGCUACGCUGCAACAGGUACUGAGUAAUAGGUUACAAGGUAAAGCAUUAAGUGCAGUAGAAACGUUAGUUAACCCAAGCUGGGAGGUGUUAUUAAAUAAGCUAAAAGAAGAGUUUGGCAUUAAGAGAACUUAUUUUAACCUAAGAAGUGAUGCAAUGAACGUUGAUGCUAAGAACAUAGAAGAGUUACACCAGAAGUUAAGGGAAAUAUUAAGCAAUAUGAAUACUAAAUAUAGCUUAGAACCUAAUAUGAUGUACACUCCAGAUAAUAAUGAGAAGAUGAUAUUUGAUAUUUAUGUAAACUUUUUGCCUCUUCAUAUUAAAUCUUUGCUAUUACAAAACCACAUUCACUCUAUCAAUACUGCAUAUACAUUUUAUAUAGAAAACAAUAUACUAAGAGAUAUAAUAUUAGUUAAUAGAACACAGGUGCAUAAUUUUCCACAUAAUUCUAUACAAAAUAAUAGCAAUUUUACAAGUGAAGGUAAACUAUUCAAUAAUAAUAAUUUCAACACUAGUAAAACUCAAAACAGGAAUAAUUUUUCAAAUGAGAGCGAAAUAGAUCGUCAAAUUAAUGAAAUGCUGCGAGAAAACAUAAUAAGACAUAGUAAGUCCCCGUAUAAUUCACCCUUGUGGAUUUUUGAAAAAAAGUCAACUUGUGAAAAUGAGAAAAAAUGGCGUUUGGUCAUCGAUUUUAGAAAGUUGAACGAAAUCACUGUAGACGAUAAGUUCCCACUUCCGAAUAUUGAAUCACUAUUCGACAAGUUGGGCAAAGCGCAAUACUUUUCAUCGUUGGACCUUGCGAAAGGUUUCCACCAGAUACUAAUGGAUGAAAAGGAUAUAGAAAAAACAGCCUUUUCCACUUCGCAAGGUACUGCAAUACUUGUAGAACAUGUAUUGAAAACAAAUACGAUCGAAAACCCAUUAAUAAGCAAUUUAAAAAUACGUAUACGCCAUGGCGUCCGAACGAAGUGGUACACUUAG